CAUAGAGUUACGAAAUGAAACUGCGCAUGCGCACUAAACCCACCCGCUUCUGACAUUGAAAACACAGCAGUAUUUCCGGAGUUUUUAAAUUGGAAAUUAAACAGAACCGUCAUGUCCAGUGGGAAGCGCAUCGCUGAUGUGGGAUACAGGCUGUUCUCGGGCUCCAUGAUGCUGUUAACGGUCUAUGGCGGAUACCUGUGUGUUAUGCGGGCUCAACGGUACAUGCAGAAGAGGAAACAACUCGAGCUGGCCGCACAGAAUGAGAGCACAACAUCAGAGUCAAUUAAAGACUAACACACCCAUGCCUUAUUUCAAAAGUGAUGGGCUGUAAAUAAUCAAGCGAACGUGUGGGACAUUUUAUGUGGCCGAGCAGAUAAUGCGAAUGUGUGUCAACAGAAAACCCACAUGUGUUCAUGACCCACAGGGUGGGUCUGGGAGUUUAUUUCCCUUAUUGUGCAGUUCAGUGGGUGUAAAUUAAGUCUUUACCAAGGAAACAGUGAAAUGUGUAAACUAUUAAAUGUUCUGAUUAUGA